AUGAGAUCAUUGCUAAACUCACAUGCUGGCUUAGGUAGUUCUAUAAUUGUGACAAGCCGAAGCGAUCAAGUUGCUUCUAUCAUGGGCACACUUCCUCCACGUAAAAUAUCACUCCUAAAUGAGGAUCAAUCAUGGGAGCUUUUUCACAGAAACACAUUUGGAAGGGGAGUGGAAAAGCAAGAGGAAUUGAUUUCAAUGGCUAAGAGUAUUGUCGACAAGUGUAAGGGAUUGCCUCUUGCUAUCAAAACCAUGGCAACUUUACUUCAUUCCAAGCAUCACAAUCAGUGGUUUUCUGUUCUGGAAAGUGAUGUCUGGAUGAAUGAUGUACUAGCAACCGGGAUUAUACCUGCACUACAAUUGAGCUAUGAUCACUUGUCAUCGGAAGCAAAAAUAUGCUUUUCCUUUUGUGCCAUUUUCCCCAAAGAUAGCAUGAUGAAUAAGGACACGUUAAUCCAGCUAUGGAUGGCAAAUGACUUUAUUGCAUCAGAAGCAAGAGGCCAACAAAUUUUUGAUGUGCUAGUUUGGAGAUGUUUCCUACAAGAUAUGCAAGUUCAAAACAAUAGAUUCAUCCACCAACCAACUACUUGCAAGAUGCAUGAUCUCAUGCAUGAUCUUGCUGACUCCGUAAGCGGAAAUGAUUGCUCAGUUCUGCAAAAACCUUCAUCAUGUCAAGACAAUCUGCAAGGAUCCACAGAUGCUCGUACAUUACAACAUGAGGUUCGGCAUUUGUCAGUUGAAUAUGUUGAUAAUUAUACCAUUGCAGCCAUGAAAGAAAUUCUAGAUAAGCGACCCCGCACACUUUUAAUUGGAAUGAGGUUUAAGCAUCGUCAGGAUUUAACCAACCUUAUGCUUAUGGCGAAGUCAAAAUUCAUAUCUUUACGAGCACUGGAGAUAGACCCAUUCAAGGCGCACAUGACAAAUCUGAAGCAUCUUCGUUACCUAGAUUGUUCUUAUUCUAGUAUAUUUGCAUUGCCUGAAGCUGUUACCAUGUUGUAUAGCUUGCAAACGUUGAAGGUCAGUUACUGUAAAUAUCUUGAGAAAUUACCAGAAGGGAUGAGAUAUAUGAGUAGUCUUCGACACAUCUUCCUCAUUCAAUGUGAUAGUCUGAAGUGCAUGCCACAAGGUAUUGGUCAGCUGAAUUUUCUAGUGACAUUAACAAAUUAUGUCAUUGGUAGUGAUGCAGAUCGCGGAAUUGAUCAAUUGAGAGAUCUGAAUCUGGGUGGUGCUCUUUCUUUGACUGAUCUGAGAAAAGUGCAUAGUGCAGAAAAUUCUAAACAAGGCAAUAUGUCUUCCAAGCAUAAUUUGAAACGAUUGUCACUCGACUGGUAUGGACCUUCUAGCAUAAAUGUUGGAUAUGAAGUAGAUACUAAUGCAGAAGGAAUAUUAGAGGCCCUUCGUCCUCACAAAAGGCUUGAAGUUUUAAUGUUGUCCAAUUAUACUGGUGCUAAAUUAUCAUCAUGGAUGAACAACUCUACACUGCUAGAACAUCUCACUGAACUUUCUCUGACUGGAUGCAAGAAUUGCAAGGAUCUUCCACCAUUAUGGCAGCUGCCCUCCCUCGUGAGCUUGUGUUUGAAUUAUUUUGAUAGCUUGGCAAGUAUAUGCAUUGUUAAUCAUGAUACACACAAUGGGGAAUCAUGUAUUUCUCCACCACCUAUUUUUGGUAAAUUGGAAACUAUGGUAGUUUCAAACAUGCCUAAGCUAGAGAGAUGGCACCAAGAGAUGGCAGGACAAGAACCGGAUGUAUCAUUCCCUCGUCUCAAGAAGCUAAAUAUUUCUAAAUGCCCAAUGCUAGCAAGCAUGCCCAAGGUGCUCCCUUUGCUUGAAGAUCUAGUGGCAAGAGACAUUCCCCUUUACCAUCUGAUGAAUCUGUCUGUGCAGUCUAAUCUUGAGUGCAAAGGUUCCAUUGAAGUGGAACCUGCGGUUGGUCAGUUGAUUGUUGAUGACCUUCAUUUUGACCUUCAUUUCUCGAUGUCUAUUGAUUCUUAUGUGUUCCUGAGACUGAGAGGUUUGACGGACAAUGUAGAGCGCUUUCAAGGGGAGUUGAACAAAGUCCCUUCCAGAUUUAUGAAGAACCUGACUAUAAUAGAUUGUGAUGGCCUUUUCUCAUCUGAACCAUGCCAAAUGCAACGAGAUAUAUGGAACCAUUUUGGUUUUGUUGAAGGAAUGUUGGUUUCAUGCAUCAAUAAUAUAGUACAAUGGCCAGCGGCAAAAUUGGGAAACUUGAAUCAUCUUCGAGAUCUACAUUUUUCUGGUUGCUCCAACUUAACUGGUUCACUUACAUCAACAAUAUCUGAUAGGGAAAACAUCCUGCUUCCUCCACUCCAGAGUCUUACAAUUACGGAUUGUGAGAAAUUGUGGGAGGUUCCAAAGUUGCCUCCAUCUCUUGAAAUUUUGUCGAUCUCUUUUUGUCCCAACCUCGUGUCCAUGGCAACAAUUCGGAAUGUCGACAAAUUGAAAGCAUUGAGUGUGCUUGAGUGUGAAGCCCUGACGACAUUUCCAGAUGGAGAUUAUGGAGUCACUAAACUCGGGACGUUGGAAAUGCAGCGGUGCCCAAGGUUAGAGACACUACCAGAGGGACUCCUGCAGCAGCUCCCAGCCCUCAAGAUGCUAUGGAUCAGAGACUGCCCCAACUUGGAAGAGGAAUUCUCAAGAGGAGGCGCUUACUGGAAUUUUGUUGAAGCAAUUCCAUACAGAUAUGUUGGCGUUCAAGAUCAGUCCAUGGACCCAAGCGCUAAAUGCUUCACUUGCCUUUGA